UUAUACAAUCAAAAUGUGCUGUCCACGCAUAAUGUCACACCCAAAUGCUGAACAUGUAAGUAUGUUAACUACGACGGAAUAAGGAAUCUACUACGCGCUGUACGCCGUGACGUCAGAAUAAAUGUUUCUGCCCAUGCUCGCGAGGACAGGCGAUUAUCAGGCAGACUGCAGCUGACAGAUGUGUGCUAGUGAUGUAAUGUUGCCUGUUUGGUGAUCACGGAUGGCUGUUUGUGCCAGGCUCUGCGGAGUGGGUCAGUCGCGGAGGUGCCGGAGGCGACAGUCGCAUAACCAACAGGAUCCGGGCAGCGACUCCGACAUGGACGAGGAGGAAGAGGAGCAGAUCGUGGCCCAGAGGCAGAUCGACGUCGGCGGGGGCUCGAAAAGCGGCAAGGCAGCCGCAGCCGCGGCCGCGGCCGCGGCUGCGGGGCCGAGUGACGCUUGCGAAUGUGGCGGCGGGCAUGUCAACAGAGGAGGCUGCCUGGGCUGCACGCGCCGGGGACCUCUGCAGCCGCGGUCGCUGUCGGAACUACCGCCGGAGCUCCUGGUCGAAAUAUUCUCCCUGCUCCCCGGGACAGCGCUAGCGGACGUCGCCCUCGUCUGCAAGAAAUUCAGGCACAUUCUCAGCACCGAGACCAUCUGGAGGAGACGAUGUGUGGCAGAGUUUGGCAUGAAGGAGGAUCUGAGAAAGUUGGAAGUCAAAGGGUUUUCUAGCCGUGAUCUAUAUGUUAAACGUGUGAACCCACGGGUGAAGUCUGGGCGCUUUAUGAAGCUCCUGCCGGACUACGAACACAUGGACUAUAAAGACGUGUACACACACUUGCUCCACCCAUAUAGACAUAUUUUGGGCUUAUGGCAGCCCGACAUUGGUCCUUAUGGCGGCUUGCUCAAUGUUGUGGUGGACGGGCUCUUCAUCAUUGGCUGGAUGUAUUUGCCACCUCACGACCCCCGUGUGGAGGAUCCCAUGAGGAGACGGCCACUCUUCCGUAUUCACAUGUGGGAGAGCAACAAGGCCACUGUGGAGUGCAUGUAUGGACAUAAAGGCCCCCACAAAGGAGACAUACAGACUGUGAAGAAGGAUGAGUUUUCAACUAAAUGUAACCAGACUGAUUUUCACCGCAUGCCAGGAGGCAGACAGGAGGAGUUCAGGACAUGGUUGGAUGAAGAAUGGGGCCGGACGCUUGAAGAAAUCUUUCAUGAGCACAUGCAGGAGCUCAUCCUGAUGAAGUUCAUUUACACAAGUCAAUAUGAUAACUGUUUGACAUACCGGAGGAUCUACCUGCCUCCCGCCACGCCGUCUGACCUGCUGCAGGCGGGCCUCUUCAAAGGCACUUACGGCAGUCAUGGUUUAGAGAUUGUUAUGCUCAGUUUCCAUGGCACAUCUGCGAAAGCCACUAAGCUCACUGGAGACCCCAACGUUCCUGCUGGUCAACUCACUCUGGACGUUGACCUGAGGCGGCCUGUCGUCCUUCCCGACUUGGAGCAGCAACGCAAAAUUGAGGAGCUUUCCCGGCUGGUGAUGGGGGUACACGAGGAGGUGCAGAGGGAGGCAGAGGAACAGGCUAAGGGCUCUUCUGCCGCAGAGGACACCCGCAGUGGUCCCUGCGAGGCUGAAGGGACGGAGGCAGACCACGGUGCCUGCUCAGACGGCUCCCAGCCUGGCACCAGCACCAAUCCGCCUGAAGGCCAGCCGUUUGUGCUACCCCUCGGGGUCAUGGCUCGCAACGAGGUGUACCCCCGCACCUGCAGUAAAUGCUUCUAUGGAACGGGCCUCAUCGCUGGACACGGCUUCACAAGCCCCGAGCGCACCCCAGGCCUCUUUGUGCUGUUUGACAAGGACCGUUUCGGUUUCAUCUGGCUGGAGUUGAAGUCUUUCAGCCUGUACAGUCGUCUGACGGACCAUCUAGCGCACGCUCACGCCCCGAACAUGGAGCGUUUCGAGGCCAUGCUGCAGAACAUGCAGUCCUGGACAUCCUGAUGCACCAAGCUUUAAGUCUGUCCCAUAGUACAGUGCAUAACGGCCACUAUCACACACGAAUCACCUCAUCCACUGAAAACAUUACGUCACGUUAGAUCAUGACCUUAGCUCUCCUGAUGCAACCUUUAUUUGUUUGCCCUUUAGUUUUUUUCAGUUAAGCUAAGCUAGUUAUGUCACUCUGACACAGCACAUUUGCUUCUGUUACCACACGUGUUCUCAUUUAUCAGCUCACCUCAGUGUGACCUCAAUCCAGCAUGAUAAGAAGGUCAUGAAAGUUUAAUUUAUUUAUUUAUUUAUUCCCUCCAGGACAAAAGGAGCGAUAUACGUGCCUCUGAUUCUAAAACCAUGUCUGUACUUGGUAGUGCUUGAAAAAGAUGAAAGUGUCUAAUGUAUUCUACUAUAUAGUAUUUUUAUUAUUUCAGUGCCCAAUAUAUUGAUGUGCAUGCGAUAUUUCAUUUAGAUCUAAUCACACUACUCACACUUAUUAUUAAACAUAAUUUGUUUUUUUUUUUAAUAUAUGAAACUUUUUAGGAAGACAGCAUCUCAGGUGUUUUUCUCUUUGCCACAAGUCAGUGAAAAGUAUUUCUGUGCAUAGCAAAAUGUAUUGGGUUACAUUUAUUUUGUUAAUUUGUCCUAUAGAAAUACUGUGCUGUUUAGUUUUACAGCUGGGUAAUUUUCUAACCACUGACCUGAAAAGACUUGCUGUCUUAUCAACCACUGUAACUAGGUUUGGGCAAACACUGCCCAUUGAACGUUAAGUCAUAUUUUUUCAGUGAUAUGCUUUGGCUCGUUGUCCCCCACACCUAAAAAACUAUUAUAUAAGCUGGAACGAUGUAUUGCAAUAGAAUAACAUAACCUAUACAUAAGCUGGAUUUAAUCAUAGUAUCAAAGUGAUACAGUUUGUGUGCUUGUGUAAUUAUGGUCUGUUACAUGUCUUACCUUUUGAAAUGCAUUGCAUUUGUUUCUUUUAUGGCUGACACAUUUGCCUGGCUUCCUUAUCUGCAGAGUGAAUUCCCUCUUUAUUUCCGACUUCAAUCCAGGCUGCUCAAAGCUCUCAAACUACGUGUCUGUUACGACUCCUUAUGGCCUGAUGGUGAUGCCCAGUAGCUUUCUUACUCCAAGUGCACUUUUCUGGGCAGUAUAGUGAAUCAUUCAAAGCCACUGGCCAGCACUUUUCUAUCAGACUUAAGCUUUACUAGCAGAAAAUGUCUGCUAAAGCAUGAUUUGGUUGAUUCUGUCUGAUCUUAAUUAUCUCCUCUUAUUUUGAAUUAUUUUACCUUCUACCUGUCUUUUAUGUGUCAGCACUCUGAUCCCAGCUAAUGAAUGAUUUGCCUUUCAAAAGUGUCGCUUUGUACUGUUUUCAAUGCCAUAUGCUAGAUUUUGUGAACAACUAAAAUUGACCUAUUGAACUGCUAACAUCAGACUUCAGGGAGCUUUUCAGCUUAAGCGCUCUUCUCAGUAAUAAAAAACUAAUAAGUUGA